CUUUGGUUCCUUUCCCUAUUCAACUCUUCAGCUUUCAGAGUGUUGCCACGUCUCUAAGCUCUAAUCCCAGCACUCUCACACACAUGCAGACACUCACGUUUCCUGUCCCUGUGUGACACUCACCCGGUCCCCGCGCGGCGUCCUCCUCCCGCCACACACACACACACACACACGCACGCACGCACGCGCGCAGGGCCGAGCGGAGGACAGCUCGCCGGCAGUUCGCACUUGGAGGCGUCCUGCUUCGGUCUCGCAGCGCUGAUGGCAUCUCCGGGCUCGGGCUUUUGGUCCUUCGGAUCUGAAGAUGGCUCUGGGGAUCCAGAGAACUCUGGCACAGCGAGAGCUUGGUGUCAGGUGGCCCAGAAGUUCACGGGCGGCAUCGGAAACAAGCUUUGCGCCCUGCUCUACGGAGACGCAGAGAAGCCGGCGGAGAGCGGCGGGAGCCAGCCGAGGACCACCUCCCGCAAGGCUACCUGCGCCUGCAACCAGAAGCCCUGCAACUGCCCCAAAGCGGAGGUCAACUAUGCGUUUCUACACGCAACAGACCUGCUACCAGCGUGUGAUGGAGAAAGGCCCACUUUGGCAUUUCUGCAAGAUGUUAUGGACAUUUUGCUUCAGUAUGUGGUGAAAAGUUUCGAUAGAUCAACCAAAGUGAUUGAUUUCCAUUACCCUAAUGAGCUUCUUCAAGAAUAUAAUUGGGAGUUAGCAGACCAGCCACAAAAUUUGGAGGAAAUUUUGAUGCAUUGCCAAACAACUCUAAAAUAUGCAAUCAAAACAGGGCAUCCCAGAUAUUUCAAUCAGCUUUCUACUGGACUGGAUAUGGUAGGAUUAGCAGCAGACUGGCUGACAUCAACUGCAAACACUAAUAUGUUCACCUAUGAAAUUGCUCCGGUAUUUGUGCUUUUGGAAUAUGUCACGCUAAAGAAAAUGAGAGAAAUCAUUGGCUGGCCUGGGGGCUCUGGCGAUGGGAUAUUUUCUCCUGGUGGAGCCAUAUCCAACAUGUACGCCAUGCUGAUUGCACGCUUUAAGAUGUUCCCUGAGGUCAAGGAGAAAGGGAUGGCCGCUGUUCCCAGGCUCAUUGCCUUCACCUCUGAGCAUAGUCAUUUUUCUCUCAAGAAGGGAGCUGCAGCCUUGGGCAUUGGAACAGACAGUGUGAUUCUGAUUAAAUGUGAUGAAAGGGGGAAAAUGAUCCCAUCUGACCUUGAAAGAAGGAUCCUUGAAGCCAAACAAAAAGGAUUUGUCCCCUUCCUUGUGAGUGCCACAGCUGGGACCACUGUCUAUGGAGCAUUCGAUCCCCUGCUAGCUGUCGCUGACAUCUGCAAAAAGUAUAAGAUCUGGAUGCACGUGGAUGCAGCUUGGGGUGGGGGAUUACUGAUGUCCCGAAAACACAAGUGGAAACUGAGCGGCGUGGAGAGGGCCAACUCUGUGACAUGGAAUCCACAUAAGAUGAUGGGUGUCCCUCUGCAGUGCUCUGCUCUCCUCGUUAGAGAAGAGGGGUUGAUGCAGAGCUGCAACCAGAUGCAUGCCUCCUACCUCUUUCAGCAAGAUAAACACUAUGACCUGUCCUACGACACUGGAGACAAGGCCUUACAGUGCGGACGCCACGUUGAUGUUUUUAAACUCUGGCUAAUGUGGAGGGCAAAGGGGACAACUGGGUUUGAAGCACACAUUGAUAAGUGUUUGGAGCUGGCGGAGUAUUUAUACAACAUCAUCAAAAACCGAGAAGGGUAUGAAAUGGUGUUUGAUGGAAAGCCUCAGCACACAAACGUCUGCUUCUGGUAUGUUCCACCGAGUCUGCGAGUGCUGGACAACAAUGAAGAGAGGAUGAGCCGCCUUUCCAAGGUGGCUCCAGUGAUUAAGGCCAGAAUGAUGGAGUCCGGGACCACGAUGGUGAGCUACCAGCCCUUGGGAGACAAGGUCAAUUUCUUCCGCAUGGUCAUCUCAAACCCCGCAGCAACCCACCAAGACAUUGACUUUCUGAUUGAAGAAAUAGAACGCCUUGGACAAGAUUUAUAAUAACCUAGCUCACCAAGCUGCUUCAGUUCUCUAGGUAGACAAUGAAGUUGUCACAAACCGUGUAAAUGUAUUUGUAGUUUGUUCCAAAGUAAAUCUAUUUCUAUAUUGUGGUGUCAAAGUAGAGUACAGUUUAAAAAAAAUCAAAAGCAAACAAACAUUGCUCCUUUUCAGAAUCCUUUCUUAAGUUAAGAUUACCUCUCUAAUAAUUAGUGACAAAAGGCUGUGUGCUAAUCAAUAAGGAAAAGCUUAAUAUUGUUAUAAAUACUUCCCUUACUUUUAAUAUAGUGUGCAAAUCAGAGCUUUAUUUUCACUUCAGAGUAGUAGGAUUGAAUAGUGCCAAAUUGCCCCUGAAUCAUCAAAGGUUCUUUGGGGUGCAGUGAAAAGGGUAAAGUAAAUAUAAAAUGUAUGUUGACAAUAAAAAAAAAACUUUUGCCUUUUU